GCGGGAACGGUUGCCGCGAACUUGAAGCGGCAUUCGCACGUGGACCAUCGUCGCUACCGGUAGUGUGCAACAAUAUUGUUUUUUUUUUAAUCAAAGUACAAAAAUAGAAAUAUAAAAUUAAAUAAACAAUUUACGUCGUAUAUAUUGCGUCACGGUUCUUAAAAAGAAAAAUUCUAAUUCUUAUCUCUCUCGCUGCCAGAAAAUUUUAUUCGUAGGGAGUAUAUAUCGAGAAAAUUACGCAUUGGCUUCAUUUUGCUCACCCGGUCAUCGACGAGAGUGCAUUGUUGCUGGUUAUAUUUUUAUUUAUUUAUUUUUCUUUUUUCCUUCUUUUUUUUUGCAUAUAUUUAUAUAAUACAACAACAACAACUAUUGUGUUAAUUCUGUGCCAUUUCUUGAAUAGUGUGAUUAAAUUUCCUUUUAUUUAUUUUCAUUUCUUUCGUGUGCUUUAUCUUUGGAUUAUAAAAGGAUAAAUUCAACCAAGUGAAGUUCAUUUAAAUCGAAGAAACGAAAAUACAAUCAUUCCAGUCAAUAUCAAUGCUACGCAGUCUGUGAUAAAGAGUUGUUUUUUUUUUAAGGAGGGAGAUUGAAUAGGAGGUGAGGGUUUGCUGGUUGAAAAACCAGCAAUUUGUCAUUAUCCUGUCGGGCGACAUAGGUACACAUUUUUUGAGGAUGCUGAUGCCUGGAGCAGCAGGUCUCAGUGCCGUAGGUGCUGUGGGUGCACCAGCUCCUGAGGAUUUGGUCACUGGUUUGGGUGCCUUGGCUGGAACGACACCACAACAAAAGGAUACCACGUGGACAAAAUUAUUUGUCGGUGGUUUGCCAUAUCACACAACAGACAAAAGUCUCAGGGAACAUUUUAAUGUUUAUGGCGAUAUUGAGGAGGCCGUUGUUAUCACAGACAGACAAACCGGUAAAAGCAGAGGUUAUGGUUUCGUAAUCAUGGGGGAUAGACCAGCGGCUGAAAGAGCUUGUAAAGACCCCAACCCCAUAAUUGAUGGUCGUAAAGCGAACGUUAAUUUGGCGAUACUCGGCGCAAAACCCAGAGGAAAUCUGCAAGCGACAUUCCCAUUCGCUACAGGUAUUCGCGCUGGAUAUCCCACAGUCAUUCCCAGUCAGUAUGGUGUUCCACCUGGAUAUAUGUAUCAGUCGCCGUAUUUAACAGCAGCAGCAACGCCAGGAGGAUUAGUGCCACUUCCGGCGACGCAAUUGAGUCAUGCGGCAGCAGUUGCUGCAGCCUCACAAUUUUAUGAGUAUCAAAAUGCAGCUGCAGCAGCAGCCACCUAUCCGGGAACGUCGUACAAUUUUGCUGAGGCCUAUCCUUAUACCAGUGCAGCAGCCGCUGCAAAUGCAGCAGCAGCGGCGGCAAGUUAUGUGACGCCGUACACGUACGCAACUUUACCGGGAGCGACUGGAUUACCAGCUGCAGCGACAGCAGGAGCAGCAUUUCCUGGUUUGCCAUAUCAAACGACUCCUCAGGAAGCAAGGCUUCAAUAGGAAAGCUCAAAUUUUAUUUCUCGAUAAUUGCGAAAAAUAAUCGAUGAAUCUCAAAAAAAAAAAAAAAAUCGUAAUUUAUAUAUUUAGAAUAUCGAACAUCUUUCUACUAGAGAAUUUGUUUAAAAAAAAAAUUUCAUGUCUUUUUUUUGUAAUUCCUAUAAAUUUGUUCGUCCUUUAUUUUCAACUAGAAAACAAUAUUCCCUCUAUUUCUCUAUUGAGCAAUUAAAUCAAGGAACAAUGACAAAUUUGACAACUAAAAGAAUAUGACAUAAAGUUAAAAAAAAUUUGUUAAAGAAUAACUUUGUUAAUAACAUUUUUUUUAUAAUCGAAGUAUUUUUUUUUACUUCACAAAAAAAAUAUUAAGCUUCUUUAAAAUAAAAAUAUCCAAGAG